UCUAGUGGUUCAAUGCGGAUGUGAUUUAAUGGUUAGACUUGAUAACAACCUGGUGCUUUAUUUCCUCACUGUCACCCCCCUCCCCCAUGUAAUUUCUAAUGUAUACAGGGCUGUACAAGUGCGGUGCGUGUCUUGUUUCAGUAUUUGGACACUGUACGGACAAGAGGCCAAGUUACGUAGCGUGUAAAUUUGUCGACACCCGGAGAAUAGCUAAUAUCUGAGUAUGAAGCCAUUAGAGGCGAUGAUUGAAUAGCUUGGUGACUUUCUGAACGACCAGACUGUCGCAGUAUAAACAGUGAUUGAGGGUAUUCUGACGAGAUGAGGGUAGGUACACGGACAACCAGACCUUGUUUGUUGUGCCCCCGGAUUAACUCCUUGUUUGCCGCCAGAAUUACUGUCCCAUGUAAGGGUCCGUGAGUAAAUACACAUUCUAUCUUGAUCAUGCUUCCGAAGAAUAGGAACCAUUGUGAUAUUUGUUUAUCAUUUGGAGAGAUGUUAUUUUACAAGCAUAAUUUUAAAGAAUCAAAUGAAAGUGUCACUAAAAUCUGGAGAUGUCGUCCUUCCAUCGAGAUCCAUUUCACAUUCCAGUAAAAAUUCUCAAGAUGAAGCAUGUUGUUUUAACUACGGGUUUAAUGUCGAACAAAAUCUCUUAGAGAGAUACACGUACCAGGAUAUAUUAGAUCGUAUCAUAAGUGGAAUAUCUCACAUCAAAAAGUUAAAAUAAAACGGUGAGGAAAACAACAAUACAUAGUAACCCGCACUUGAGCGGUUCUAGUGAGGUCUAUAUUUAUCUGACGAAUGGAGUAUGGGCUAACUUUUACUCGAUCAUGACGAUCAACCCUACCCUCGGCCAUCUGUAUCACGACUUCAGCAUCAGCAACGCGUACACAGCUCUUGAUGCCCAAGAACUUUUUAAAACUAGACAACGGAAUGCGCGCGAAAAACGCCAACUGGACGAGUUUACUAGGUCUUUGAAUAAGGCCCAGGAUAUUAACCUUAGGAGACUGGAACUAGAGGAAAUCAGUGUUCGGCACCAGUUGAAUGACAUUAAUCUUCGUUCUCCUUCACUAAGAACUGGACUCCGGCAGCAGUCGUUAAGGCGGUCUCAAUCUUUCAGCAUCGCCAGCCCCAGCACAUUGUCGUCUGCUUUUCAGUCAAAAUGUGCGUCUGCCGCUCCUUCUCGUGUCUCGUAUUCAUCAUCUCAGAACUCGGGGACAAGCCAGUCUUCCGCUGGAUCAGGGGAGUUUCAACUGAAUCGUAGUAAGUCUCAGAUGUUUGUGCGGAAAGUGAACAAUGUGACAAAAUCUCUAAGCAAACUGUACGAAAAACAGCAACGAAGAAAAGUAGAGAGGGAAAUUCUGCUAAGGAAUGUUAGAAAAGACAAUGAAGAACUUCUUCAGAAAUCGCGAGUGUAUUUUAAAGACUCGGAUAUUACGCAUAAUUUGGAGGAAAUUCUGGGAGAAACUUGCAAUAUCUCAGACGAAACAGUUCCACAAAAGGCAACGGAUAACCCAGCGAAACAGGACGUAGAAUACACAGAACCACUAACUCUCCCAAACAUAAACAACGCCAUAGCCUUGGAAAAAGGGACUAACAGUACUCUGUUUCCAAUGGAUAACCUCUCAACCGAGGUCCAGCCAUCCCGGUCUGACGACUUUGACCUCUCCGAGUUCAAGGUCAGCUCGCGCAGUUCGAGAACGAUACCGGAAGUCUGGCAGUUAUACAAAAAUAAAGUGUCGCAUAAUGACGAAGAUGUCAGGGAGCCUUUGCUGGUAACUAUAACGGCACGGUACAGGAGGACACUAGUGGAUUAGAUAACACUGACUGGGGGAUUUAGGAAUGGUGGUGGAUUAGAAAGCACUAAAGAAUUAAGGAGACUCAGGUGGAUUUAGGAGUGCUGGUGGAAUAGAAUAGACUUAAGGAUUUUGAUGUGCUGGUGGGAUAAAAUACAUUAGAGGAUUUGGCAGCGCUGGUGGAUUUAGAAAACACUGCAGAUAUAUGCUAAUGGAUUUAGAAAUAACUGGCUUAUUUUGGAUAUGAUGAUGGGUUAGAAAACACGAUGUGAUAGAAAUCACCAGCCAGUGAAUUAUAAAAGAUAUACUGUGCACACUAGGGAACAGAUUGAUUAGAACAUAUCUAGUCAAAAAUCCUAUCCCUAGAAUGACACUUAUUGGUAAGAAAAAGUUGCUUGAUUUAGAAAAGCUAAUGUACAAAGAAGGCAGUGCGGGGUAAGAUGUAUCAGAUAAGGAUACAUUGCCUUUUAUUGGAGACUUUAUACUUGAAAUAUUGUACUUGGGUACUUAAUCCAUUAGAACACAAGAGAGAUUUUAGAGAUAACAGAAAUGGGUGGAUCAGACAUUUAACAUCUGGUGCAAUAGAAAGAUGUAAAGUUAACAAUGAUUGUAAAAUUUCUUUUCUAAAAAUUGAGUAUACAUGUUUACUAGUAAAUCGAUUAAACGACAAAGAAUUUA